ACCAAGAAUUAAUAAGAGAUUUCCUACCUUCAGUACUUUACCUUGAACUUCUUUCAUGGAUAUAAUCUCUAUUUUACAUAGAUUAUUAUGUUACUUUAAAAAUUUCAAAAGCCUCUCUGUCCUUAUAAUUGCUGGCUCUCUUUAGUCCGAUGGACAAGAAGAGGAGAAGUUGUAAGGUUAUAUUUUCCAUGAUAGUUCAUGUCUUAAGAAAGAGUCAUUCUUGGCUGGAUUUGAAAAGUCUGUGUAGACCCAACAAAAAUGCAGUUUAUUUAAUAGCUUUUGUUCUGGAGAAACUAAAAUCACACUAGAAUUGUUUCAGUGUUCUGUAAAUUCAAAUUCCAUCAAGUUUUUUGUAGGGCAGAUUCCUAUUUAUCAAGUAUUCACAUCCCCUACCCCUAUCUUCCCAAACUAAUCAACCAACCCUGAAAAGCAUCUUGUUCACUGCUACUUGGCCAGAAUCUGAAGUUUCUGAUCAGAAGAAUCUGCAAUACUCUGCAUUCUGAAGAUGGAUACAGCUAAUGAAGAAGGUGUAGAUCAUGUUCCAUCUCUGGAGGAAGGGAUGAUACAUGGCCCCAAUUUGCAGUUUAUAUUCCCACAUAGCAUCCUAUUUUCUACAUUUCUCUACUGUGCUGAGGUUGCUUCUGCUAUCUACAUGAUUGAUUUGUAUAGAAAAAACGAUGACAAAUUCUGGAUGGCGUUUACAUGCAUUUUUUGCUUUGGCGGAUGUAUUUUGGACCAAUUGACUCUAAUAAUUGUUCAUAAGGACUUAUCCAAGAAUAAACCUCUAGUGUUUUUCAUGCACUUUCUACUUAUGGGACCUAUUCCCAUGAUGGUUUGUCCUAACAGAUGUCUGAAGGCUAUUGCAAUAUAUUUUCAGUUGCUGAAGAAACAGAAAUGUGAAAAAAAGAAAACCUAUGUUAGUACAACACGAAGAAAGAUACUCCAAAAUGGCAAUGAAGUGACAUUAGAGUGGGAGAUUACCCACUUAGUGCGGAUACUGUGCACGCACUAUAAUGCCUUCAAACGUAUGGCAUUGAUUCAAGCCUUCCUGGGGUCUGUGCCACAGCUAACUCAUCAGUUAUAUGUCACCUUUACAGUACGUGAACUUCCCCUGGGUAGAGCUGUACUGAUGACUUGUGCUUUGAUAUCUACCAUCUAUGGGGCUAUCCUCUGUAAUGUGCUGGCCAUCCAAACCAAGUAUGAAGACUAUAAGAUCAACCUACAGCCUCUAGAAUUCAUCUGUAUCACCAUCUGGCGUUGUCUGGAGAUAACCUCACGUCUUGUAAUUUUGGUGCUCUUUUCUGCAUCCUUAAAAUUGAGAGCUGUGCCCUUCAUGUUGGGUGUCUUGAUGAUUCCCCUAUUGGAGCCGUGGAUUGAAUUUUGGAAAAGUGGUGCUAAGUUUCCAAGCAAUACUGAAAAAGAUAUUAGUCGGGUACGCACUCGUACCAUUCUUAUGUUAAUCACUAUUCUCUAUGCAGGUAUUAAUUUCUUCUGCUGGUCAGCAGUGAAGCUGAAGAUAGCUGAUAAAGAAUUCAUUGAUAAAUCACAGAACUGGGGUCACAUGGCUCUACAUUAUAGUAUUCGGCUAAUAGAAAAUGUGAUCAUGGUAGUAGUAUUUAGUUUGCAAGGGGGGGAAACAAUAUUGUAUUGCUGUGACUCAUUAAUUGCCUUACAACUUGUCAUAACCUAUCUGUUAUCCAUUGGUUUCAUGCUCCUCUUCCAUCAGUAUUUGCAUCCACGCUGGUCAGACAAAGCAAUACCAGAAUAUGCUCAGCCUGAAGAAUUAUAAUACUUCUAUAAACAUUUAUAAAAACUAAACAUUAAAAUGAAAGAAAAACACAAA